CACACCGGCGGGGCGGCGUGCGCCGGCGUGACGCGGCUACGUGGGAUGGGCCGGGCCAGGGCCAAGGCCGAGGCGGCAGCGGCUGCGAGAGGCGGCGGCACGACGACGGUCCUUCAGCCCCGCCACCAUGAGCACCAAGCAGGUCACUUGCAGGUAUUUUAUGCAUGGUGUGUGUCGGGAAGGAAGUCAGUGCCUGUUCUCACAUGACUUGGCAAACAGCAAGCCGUCCACCAUCUGCAAGUACUACCAGAAGGGCUACUGUGCCUAUGGAACUCGGUGCAGAUAUGACCACACGAGGCCCUCUGCUGCAGCUGGAGGUGCUGUCGGCACCAUGGCCCACAGUGUGCCCUCCCCAGCUUUCCACAAUCCUCACCCUCCUUCUGAGGUCACUGCGUCCAUUGUGAAAACUAACUCAAAUGAACCCGGGAAGCGUGAAAAGAGAACGUUGGUUCUUAGAGACCGAAAUCUCUCUGGCAUGGCUGAAGGAAAGACUCAGCCGAGCAUGGUGAGUAAUCCAGGCAGCUGCAGCGACCCCCAACCCAGCCCCGAGAUGAAGCCGCAUUCCUACCUGGAUGCCAUCAGGAGUGGCCUUGAUGACGUGGAGGCCAGCAGCUCCUACAGCAACGAGCAGCAGCUGUGCCCCUACGCAGCUGCUGGGGAGUGCCGGUUUGGGGAUGCCUGUGUCUACCUGCAUGGGGAGGUGUGUGAAAUCUGUAGGCUGCGAGUCUUGCACCCCUUCGACCCAGAGCAGAGGAAGGCUCACGAAAAGAUCUGCAUGUUGACAUUCGAACACGAGAUGGAAAAGGCCUUUGCCUUCCAGGCAAGCCAGGACAAAGUGUGUAGCAUCUGCAUGGAAGUGAUCCUGGAGAAAGCCUCUGCUUCCGAGAGGAGAUUUGGGAUUCUCUCCAACUGCAAUCACACGUACUGCUUGUCCUGCAUCCGGCAGUGGCGGUGUGCCAAACAGUUUGAAAACCCAAUCAUUAAGUCUUGUCCAGAAUGCCGUGUGAUAUCAGAGUUUGUAAUUCCAAGUGUGUAUUGGGUGGAAGAUCAGAAUAAAAAGAACGAGUUGAUUGAAGCUUUCAAACAGGGGAUGGGGAAAAAAGCCUGUAAAUACUUUGAGCAAGGCAAGGGGACCUGCCCAUUUGGAAGCAAAUGUCUUUAUCGCCAUGCUUACCCUGAUGGGCGGCUAGCAGAGCCUGAAAAACCUCGGAAGCAGCUCAGUUCUCAAGGCACUGUGAGGUUCUUUAAUUCAGUGCGGCUCUGGGAUUUCAUCGAGAACCGAGAAAGCCGGCAUGUCCCCAACAAUGAAGAUGUCGACAUGACAGAGCUCGGGGACCUCUUCAUGCACCUUUCUGGAGUGGAGUCAUCAGAACCCUAAAGAGUAGAUGGUUGCCCUGCAUCUUGGGCUCCAUCGGCCAAAAUUUUCCCAAGCCAGGGUGUGCAGAGCUUCCCUGUACUGCAGCCAAGGUGGUGUGUGGCUUGGAUUUCAGUGGAGUUGGGCUUAGCCUUAGUCUCAUUCACUCUCCAUUAUUACAGCCAUGGGGAAGAGUGAAGGAUAUAAAGUAACCUAGUAAGUGUAUGGAAUUGCUGUUUUUAUAGCUGAUAUAGUUACACCUCAGGCCCCUCAGAGGUAACAACCACCCAGACUGUUUGGAUUGACUGCUUUAAAACACAAACUUGGCUCUUAUCUUUGAUCUUUUCUUCCCCAGAAAUAGUAAAAUUGCAGCUGCCCCUAAUGCAGCAUAUUUUUCUUACCAAAGGAUUCUUCAACCCUAUAAAAGGAUUCCUCUAUAGUGUAUUUCUCUAGUGUAUUUAGUAUGUGGUCAAAAUUUUGAUUUAUACAGAGCUUUCAAGAAUACACAAUGCAAAGUGAGUGCAGCAUAGCUGUUAACAUACAACUUUUUUCUAGGGCUUUAAGGGUGGUCAUUUUUUUCGAGUUCUCGCAAGUGUCCCAAAUCAGGGUAGCAAUCUUGUUGCCACAUGUGCAGCAAACAAAGUGGAAGUACACAUCAUCUUUUUCUCCCUUAGGGAGGCUCCUGAAGGAACAGGAGGUACAGUACUGGGUAGCAGUCCGGCCCUCCUGUCUGGUUGGUGCUGGGGCCUCCAGUCAGGGCCCUCCAGAGGAACCAAAGCUCUGCUCUCACCUGUGGGUUCAUGCCCAUCAGGGUAAUUGUAUUGAGAACUCAAAAUAUAGGUGCACUUACAUAAUGUGUGGUUCGUACUCAAGCGAUCUAUUAUCUGCAAAGCCUGGCUUUGAUUUGAAAUUUUGUAAAAAUGUCAUGGCACCCAAGGUUUCUGAUUCUGACCCAGCAGUGGUCCUGAAGAGAGCUGAUGGCAAGUCUUGUAGUCAUUUUGAUUUUAAUUGAAGGGUGAGCACAACCUUGUGAACUAGCACUGGCUUGUUCCAAGCUGGAAUUUAUCAUCUAUUUUUGUUUUUGUUUUUUAAAAGCUGUAGCUACCAAAUAUUUUAUAGAAUGCAUUACUUAACCUAUUAGCUGAGUUUAGAAUACUUUCUACUUAAUUUUUAUACUUAACUCUUCAGUAGAGGGUUACAAAGAAUACAAAGGUUAAAUUACAAAUUCAUUCCCAGCCUAGGCUCUGGGCACAUUUCCUGUUCUUGAAUUCUGCUCCUGAAGACGGUGAACAAAUGGGACAUUCAGAUUGUGAGCUCAGAAUUACUUUAAAAGGAGGUAACAGCCAUUACACCUAAAUUUAAUUUAUUUUAUUAAAAUAACAUAAAAUUGAGGGACCAUCAGAUAACUGUAUUUUGUCAGGUGCAAUAAAAACAAAAUUAAAACCCAAAUCAUCAAGAAAACCUGUAUUCCUGGCUUCCUUGUAUACACAUGAUGUGACUAGAGAAACAAGGCUGUUAGAGAAACAAGGCUGGCCCUGCAGCCCCGCCCCAUAGGGGCAGCUCCUGGAAGACAAAAUUCAGCAUGAUGGAAGACUGCUCCCUGAGAGGGCCGAGAUGGAGACUGGCUGAGUGCCUUGCCUGGAAGACCAUCCCAAUGCACUGGACACCUUAGAAGCUGUGAAAGGAGGAUGUGUCCCCUAAGAAAAGUUCCAUAGUACCAAAGCAGGCUCCUUCGGGCGGCCGGUCUCGGCAGUCCUGGGCUGUUUUGGUGCCUUAUGUGCAAAACGUCUGGCGCUGCACCACUCUCUGAAGAAAGUCUCGCCUGUGACAUGCAUUCCUCCAGAAGCCGAUUUCCAAAAUCCCAUGUGUCUCCACAUCAGGGCUGGACUGCCUGCUACCUUACUUCCUCAAAAUACUCAUGGAGCCAACAGCUGGGCUGGGCCCCUGCUUUUUGUACUACCAUCAACAUCCACUUGCGCAUCUAGAGAAGGCUGGGCCUUGAGCAUGGGGGAUGUGGGGAGGGAGCAGGACGCACCAGCACUGCAAAUGGCUUCCUUCUCCCAGGGCCCACAGGAAUAGAAAAGAAGGCAACAUGAAGUUAAGGCCCUGUGAGCAGUCUAGAAGGUCCUUAGCAGCAGCUUCUCUGAAAAUAUGUGUUCUGCCUCUGGAGAAAGGGAGCAGAAAAGUGGUGCCUGCUGGCUUCUCUUCCUCCCCUGGCAGCCUGAGGGCGGGUGCAAAGUCAACUAGAAGACAGGCAGCCUAGGGGACGUGGUCAGCGUGCAAGCAUUGAUAUCCUCAGUGUGGGCUGCCCGAUGCAAGGAUGGCUCGGAAGCGCUCCGGUUGAUCUUCGGUAGAGAGUGUUGGAGCAGCUCAAUGGAAGACAGGAUCUGAAACAAAGCCCCAGAAUGCUCUCAUUAGCUGUGUCUCAAAGACACAGGCUGUACCCUGCCCCCAACCAUCCUGUAGAGGACCUGGGUCCCCUCCCUAUAAAACAAAACAAAAUACUCCCACCUUACACUGCCAUCUUUACGAACCAAUCCAUGCUUUAAUCACCAUUCUAGCAGCCCUGAGCCUUACCUGGGGAAAAAGAGGCCUCUCUUCCUUUACUUUCUUCACACAGUCAGCUACCAGCCUCUUCAUUGCUUUGGGGCAGUUCUUAUAUAGCUUACUAAGAUCUGGGGAGGCAUACCCUCGGCCCACCAUGAAGAUGAUCUAAGGGAAAGAAAACAGCUGAGCGAAUGGGGGGUAAAUGAACUACAGAAAAUAUCAAGUCCUAACCCUCUAGCUGCCCAGGCUGGGAGAGGCCCAAGGGCUCCCACACGUUAGGACCUUUAGCACCAGCACAGACUCACCUGAUCUCGGUUGUUGAUGUGAGAGUAAGGAAGUUCCCCCGUCAUCAGCUCAUAUAAUACGAUGCCAUAGGAGUAGACAUCCGACUGGAAACUGAAUGGGUUGUUAUCCUGCAUUCGGAUCACCUCUGGGGCCUACAUGUAUCACCAUAUGACAAAAGUGCAUUUAUGACCAUAUGACAGACCUCACAGACAUCUAGGGCCCAGGCUGUCCCUUUCAUUAGUUAUGAAUGAGUCCAUUCUUCAGUCCCCACAUAGUUUUCCCCCCAAAGGACUCCAACUCAGGCACUGGGUAAAACAGCUCAGGAAUCCUUGUCUUUAAAGGACCAAGACCCAGCACUUCUAUCACCCAGCUUAUUAACUCCUCUCCACACUAAGCUUCACAGUGGUUCUGAUCAACAGCUUCCUCAAGAAAAUCUACAAUUGCCCUGAGGCUGAGGCUGGCUGUCACUAGGGGUCAUGUGGAUUUCGGGGAAAUGUACAGAAACAUUUUAAAAGUUUGCACAUAAAUCCCCAGGGCAUUCCCUUUGCCCUGUACCAGAGACUGCUGGUGGGAGCCCAGAUUCUCACCAUCCACAGGACAGAGCCAGUAGGUUGUUCAACCUGCUGAGAACCACUCCAGCGUGACUUUACUGUUGCCAAACCAAAAUCUCCAAUUUUCACUGUUAGGCCUUCAUGGAGAAAUAUAUCUCAAUGCUUGUUAAGGACUCUGGUUUCAAAA